GAUGUGAAUGCGAGCGUCGUGCGGCUGGCAGCGGGGGUGGCGGCCAGCUGAUGCAGAUGUAAACAUGGCCGCCAUCUUCCGGCAGCUGAGCCUCCUGGUCCUCACCGAGGCCUGUUUUGACGAGUUUUUCAUCGAGUUUAACCUGCUACAUGUGCCAUGCUUAAAAGCCGCCAUCAGCAAGUGUCUGGGACUUGCCAUCGUUGGUGGGGCUCUUCUGGUGAAAGUGCCGCAGAUCGUCAAGAUCUUGGCUGCCAAGAGCGGCCAGGGAAUCAGCAUUACUGGCACCAUCCUAGAGCUCACUGCCAUUCUUGUUAAUGUGUCUUAUAACUUUGUGAACCGCUAUCCUUUCAGUUCCUAUGGAGACGGGGUCUUCCUGCUGAUACAGACAGCCAUCAUUGGAGCACUGGUCUAUCACUUCGGGGGAUCGACAGAGAGAGCUAUAGCCUUCUUCCUUACUGUAGGAUCUCUCACCCUUCUCCUGUGUUCGGGUAUUGUGUCGUUGCAGAUUCUAUGGACUCUACAGGCCUGCAACAUUCCUGUGGUAUUUGCAGGCAAGAUGGUCCAGGCCCUUGCAAACUACAGAAACAGCAGCACCGGACAGCUGUCGGCGAUCACGGUGACGAUGCUGUUUUUUGGCUCCAUGGCCCGUAUCUUCACUUCCAUCCAGGAAACGGGGGAUCAGAUCAUCAUUCUCACGUUCUGUGUUGCGACCUUUGCCAACGGUGUUAUCAUGGCUCAGAUGAUCUACUACUGGAAUGUACCCGUUAAAAGCAAGAAAGAGUAGUGCGGACGAGUUACUUGGGGCAGUAAUAAUGUGUUUUUGGUCGCCCGAGUGUCGUGUUGGUUAUUGUUGAUAGAUUAUAUGGGCAUGUGUCCCUGCUGCGCCUCCGGUUGUAUUGACUAGUGUGUAAAAGUUAGUAAACUAGUGCAUGCUACAGUGAUUAAAAUCUUUAUUAUAAUUGUUUUUGUUCAUUCACAGAGAAGCUGUGAAUUUACGGUAUAAAUGAAACAUUCCACGUACAAGUUUAAGCGUUGUUGAAAUGCGUCCAGUUUACGUUAUCGAAAAUGUCGGGAUUUUAUUUUUAAAAUGUUAAUGGAAUUUGAUAAAUAACUUGGCAUUAUAA